AUGGCUUUGCUCUUUUUUUUAAUCCGUCGUCUAGUAGGCCAUGUCGGGUCGGGCACUGGCGGGUCCGGCACUGGGAGCGAAAGCGGUACGGGCGACUCCAUCACAUCAGUGCCUGAUUGGGGCAGUGUUACUAAAGUGCCGUUGAAAGAAAGGAGGAGUAGUGUGACCGCAUAUGACGCGAAGAGUCUCAGUGGUACCCAAAUAAACACUGAAGAAAUCGUUUCUCCCAAAGAACCUAAGAAGAGACGGUACAGUCUAGGUGCUUUCUCACUCACGGCCACCCGCACUCCGAGCACUGUGGGCACUCCAGUGACGCAGGUCAACACAUUCGAAAUCACGGAACGUGUGGUGGGUACACCAGACUAUCUCUCUCCGGAACUGCUCAUGGGCACGGGCCACG